GAAACUGUUGUUCUAGCGUCUAGUACCAGCUCGUGCCGUUGUAGGGUUAGUUACCAGGAAGACAUCAUGUUGAAACCAUCGGAUUUGGAUCUUUCAGACGAAGAUAUUCAACGAAUUGUACAACGGAAUUUUCUCAACCGGGAAAUCCAACCACCAGCGGUACAGUCGGCAUGGAUCGAACGUUUUGGGGGAAGCCCGGAUGGAUUUCUGGCAGAUCAUUUUGCGCUGAAAGUGGUGGUUGCUUCCGGAAGCAAUCAUCCAGAGCCAGCUGAAGAAUUGUCUUUCUUUUUGAAGACAGUCCCGAAAGGGAAUUCAGUACUGGCAAACUACUUGAACGAGAUUGGUAGUUUUCAGAAGGAAGUGGCGAUUUGCGAGAGGAUCGUUCCGGAGAUUGAAAAAGUGCUUGGUGGAAAACAGGUCGUUCCGAAGUAUCUGUUAACUAAAGAAGAUAGAUUGAUUGUGAUGGAGAAUGUUAAAAUUAGAGGAUUCGAUAUAUUGAAAGGCAAUAGCGGUCUAAUGGAUUAUGACCAUUUGAAAAAAGUGAUGGAAACUUUGGCCUAUUUUCAUGCCGGAACAAUAUUGCUCGAAGAAAGGGAAGGUAAAACACUUACUGAAAUGUUUCCUGAAGUACUAAACGAAAACGCAUGGACCGGAGUAGAAGGAAGCAUUCGAACACGGGAUGUCGAAAAUGUGAUUGUUUUGUGGAGCGAAUUCAUGAGAGUUGCAGAACGUGAUUCAACCAAGUUAGGAGAUAUAUUGACUAAGCUGCCGGGUACGAUUAGAAGUUUGUAUGACUAUGUGAAACCGUCGACGAAAUGGAGAAACGUGUUCAGUCAUGGUGAUCUUUGGAGUAACAACAUAAUGUUCAGAGACUCGUCCUCCGGAGUUCCACUGGAAUGCAUUCUGGUUGAUUUUCAACUGUCUCGUUACACUCCACCUGCUUACGAUAUUAAUUUAAUGCUUUCGUUGACCACCACUUUCGAAUUCAGAUGUAAGCAUAUGAACACGUUAUUGGAUGGCUACUAUGAAAUAUUUCGCCAUAUUUUAACUAGCAACGGAAUCGAUGCUUCCACCAUCUACAGCAAGGAUUACUUCAGAGCUAGUUGCGAGCACUACCGUAUUGCUGGUCAAAUCCACGGUUGCAUCAUCGGUCCGGAGACUUUACUACCGUCAAACUUCAUCGAUCAAGUGUUCGAACUUGCCAGUGAAUGUUCCGGUUUCAUGCCCCAACCAAAGGUCAACAUAUGCCUGGAUGCGUUUAAAAACGACGAAAGAUUUCGCCUCCGAAUGCUCGAUAUGGUGCAAGAGUUACUACCCGAACUGCACUGCACAAACGGUGAUGCAUGUCCGAAUCUUGACUGAUAGGUCGUAUACGAGAUAGCAAAUAUCUUGUCGCCCAA